AUGUCUUUAGAUGAAGGAAAAAAGCCAACUCUUUAUUCAUAUUAUAGAUCAUCAUGUAGCUGGAGAGUUAGAACUUCUUUGAAUUGGAAGGAAAUUGAUUAUGAUAUUAUACCAAUUGAUUUGCUAAAGGAAGAACAUAAAUCAAUUGAAUAUACAAAUCUUAAUCCUUUGCAAGAGGUUCCAACUUUUAUAAGUAACGAUGGGAAAGUUUUAACACAAUCUAUUGCAAUUCUUGAAUAUUUAGAAGAAGUGUAUCCUCAAAAACCUUUAUUACCAUCAAAUGAUCCUUAUGAAAAAUCAUUGGUUAGAUCAUUGGUUCAAAUGAUUGCAAGUGAUACGCAGCCUAUACAAAAUCUACGAGUUCUUAACUAUGUUGGUAAAGAUAAAAAAUCGGAAUGGGCAGAACAUUGGAUCACUGUUAAUUUUCAAGGAAUUGAGAGACAACUUUCUUUAACCUCUAAAGAUUAUUGUGUUGGCGAUAAAGUUACACUUGCUGAUAUAUGUUUAGAACCUCAAGUUUACAAUGCAAAUAGAUAUAAUGUGGAUAUGACAAAAUUCCCAACAAUUCAAAAAAUAGUAAAUAAUUUAAAUAAAUUGGAAGAAUUUAGAAAAAGUCAUCCUAAUAAUCAAGUAGAUUGUCCUGAGAAUAUGAAAUUCAAAUAA